GGGAAUCGGAACGUUUCGGGUUCGGCUCUCCAGAAAGCCCUGUAGAAUUUCCAGCCUCUGAACGUGUAUAUAAGGGCUUGGAAGGGGGCCUGGGUAGCUCAGACAGAACAAAGCACUGAUCGACGCAAUUUCGGAUACGAACAUCUGAAGCAAUGGCAAAGUCCGCUGUGACCAUUCUGACUCUGCUUGUCCUUCUGGUGGGACUGGUCUCUCUGGGGGAGAUGAGAUCUGCACGGUGCUGUACGAGGUACAACGAGAAGCCAGUUCCAGUCAGCAUGCUGAGGGACUACGUUCCCCAGAGAAUUACAGGAUACUGCAACAUCGAUGCAGUGAUAUUUUUCACGAAUAUCUCGAAAAGGGUCUGUGCCAAUCCCAAGGACAAAUGGGUACGGAAAGCCAUGGAUAUAAUCGACAGCAGAAAGGCUGAACCCUGAGAUGACAUCAGUCCCAAAGACGCCUGCCACACCUGAAGAGAAUGUUCUCCUGGUUUCGAUCCAGACUCAUGUUUUCUAACUAGGACCACUGCUAUUGUUCUGCUUUCAGAACACCCUGGUCACUCCUUUCAUUUCAUUUCAUUUAAAAUGUUUUGAUUACUCUUAUAUCUAAAAGUCUUUACUUUUGUUCAAAAUUUGAUAUCAUUGAUGAUGUGAAACUGUUGAAUACUGAAAAUAAAUAUUUUAUACAUGGA